AUGCCGAGGGCUUGGGAUCGCCGUAAGGAGCUCUGGGGGAUGCUGGGGGCAGAGAGAGGGGGCAGCGGGCUGGGGGGCUUGGCCAGCAGCAUGGUGCUGCUGAGCUGCUCUGCUCUCCACCUGCCAGCCCUCUGGUGGUACCUGUUCCUCUGCGCCGACGCCCAGGAGGUGGCCACCUUCACGGUGCGCUACCGGGUGUUCGAGGAGGUGCCGCCGGGAACGGUGAUAGGGACCCUGGCCCAGCACUUUGAGGGGGGUGGGAGUGGGGAAAUGGCAGAUGCCUUCCAGCUGAUGGAGACCCCCGGGAGGUUCCCGCUGUGCGUGGGGAGCGGGGACGGGGCGCUCCGCACGGCCGGGCGGGUGGACAGGGAGCAGCUGUGCCGGCACAGCGAGCCCUGCUGGGUCUCCUUCGACGUGCUGGCUGCCCGGAACCUGGCUCUCAUUCACGUGGAGGUCCAAGUGCUGGACAUCAACGACCACGCGCCGCGCUUCCCCACGCCUGAGCUGGAGCUGGAGAUGUCGGAGAGCGCAUCCCUGCAGACCCGGAUCCCCUUGGACCGAGCCCUGGAUGCCGACGCCGGCCCCAACGCCCGCUGCUCCUACACCCUCUCCCACAACGAGCACUUUGCUCUGGAGGUCGUGUCCGGCUCCGACGGGACGAGGCACGCGGAGCUGGUGGUGGUGAGAGAGGUGGACCGGGAGCUGCGCUCCUCCUUCGACCUCGUGCUGACGGCCACCGACCACGGGGAGCCGCCGAGAUCAGGUACCGCUUUAAUUAAAGUCAUCGUCCUUGACUCCAAUGAUAACAGCCCCGUCUUUGCAGAGAGCUCUUUGACGGUGGAGGUGAGGGAGGACGCUCUGCCCGGGACCCUCCUGGUGGUGGUGACGGCCACCGACCCCGACCAGGGCCCCAACGGGGAGAUCGAGUACAGCCUGAGCAGGCACGCGCCGCCCGAGGUGCUGAGGGCUUUCGCCAUCGACGCCCGCGCGGGCAGCAUCAGCCUCCAGCACCCGCUGGACUACGAGGAGACCCGCGCCUACGAGCUGGACGUGCAAGCCCGGGACUUGGGUGCCAACCCCAUUCCAGCCCACUGCAAGGUCCUGGUCAAAGUCCUGGAUGUCAACGACAACGCGCCCGAGGUUCACGUCACCUGGGCGGCGCGGGUGCCGGUGCUCUCCGAAGCCCUCCCCAAGGACAGCUUCGUGGCUCUGGUGACAACCAGCGACCCCGACUCGGGCAGCAACGGGCAGGUGCACUGCUCCCUCAGUCAGGGGCACGAGCACUUCAGGCUGAAGAAGACCAACAGCCACAGCUACGUGCUGAUGACCAACGCCACGCUGGACAGGGAGCUGCGGGCCGAGUACAACCUGACGCUGGUGGUGCAGGACCAUGGAGACCUCUCCUUGGCCGUGCUGAAGCACCUCACCAUCUGCGUCAGCGACGUCAACGACAACGCCCCGACCUUCGAGAAGGCCACCUAUGAGGUUGCCAUUGCUGAGAACACUGAAGCACCUGCCUCCUUGCUCACCCUCCAGGCCACCGACCCCGACCUGGGUUUCAAUGGGAAAAUCACCUACAGCAUCCUGGACUCCUCCACUUUGGGUCUGGUCUCGAUCGACCCCGCCACCGGGGAGGUUUUUGCCCUCCAGGCUUUUGAUUAUGAGCAGAUGAGGAGCCUGGAGUUCCUGGUGACUGCGGAGGAUGGUGGUCACCCCAGGCUGGCAUCCAAUGUCUCCAUCAGGGUGGCCGUGCUCGACCGGAACGACAACGCGCCCGUCAUCACCUCGCCGGCGCUGGUGGGAGGCACAGCCACGCUCUCUGUCCUGGUCCAUGAGGAGACAGGGUGCUUCUGGGUGGCCCCUGGGAACGGGAGCACCCAAGGGAUAGCAGCAGUGGCCAACGCAACCCUCACGUCGUGUGCUGGUGCUCCCUUCCUCUUCACCAUCGCAGCCCGGGACGUGGACUCUGGCAUCAACGGGGCUCUCCGGUACGAUCUGGCGGGUGGGGAUGACUCCGGGCUCUUCAUCCUGGAUCCCCUCUUGGGGCAGGUUUUCCUCAAUGCCAGCAAUGCCAGCAGCCUGGCGGGCAGCCAGCGGGAGCUGGUGGUCCGGGUGAGCGACGGGGGGGACAUCCCCCUGCACACCCUGGCCCGGAUCCACCUCGUUUUCCGGCGCCACGGGGCGUUCUCCAAGAUCUCAGCCUGGGAACCGGGACAGCCGAGCCCCUCGGUGGUGGCUGUUAUCUGCCUGGCUGCUCUCCUGGGGGGGUGUCUCCUCCUCUUGGCUUUAACCCUGUCUCUGCAGAAGAAGGAGAAGAAGGACAGCAUGGCCUACAACUGCAGGGAGGCAGAAGAUGCCCGCAGGCAGCAGCAGCAGCAGCUCAAGAAGCCACACAGGCAGAUCCAGAAGACCGACAUCCACCUCGUCCCCCUGCUCCGGGGCCGGUCCCGGGAGGCUGAACCCCCCCAUCCUGGCCAGGAAGAUCUGCCCCCCAUGCCACAGGGAUCCCCACAACCUCCCCUCCACCUCACCCCCACUCUCUACAGGACCCUGAGGAACCAGAGGGCCCAAAAAGACUCGGACGAGCAGGUGGGGACCUUCAACCUGCCCAUCCUGCAGCGUCGGCCCUGCCAGCCCCACAGACCCAAAAAUUCAGCCAAAGAGGCUGCCAGCCCCCCGGAUGCACCCCCACACUGCCAGAGCUUGGUGAAGCCGCCACAGGGGGCUGUGGAAGAGCCACCUGGCCAGCCCGUGGUGGCUGGGGGACCUGAGCAGCCCCAGCCCCACCAGCACAUCCUGAGGAGCCUGGUCCGGCUGUCGCUGGUGGCACUGGCAGAGCAGAGCCCCACCGGGGAGUUCGUCAUGGAGUCACCCCCAGUGCAGCAAAUCUCCCAGCUGCUCUCCUUGCUGCACCAGGGCCAGUUCCAGCCCAAAACCAACCACAGGGGAAACAAGUACACGGCCAAGAACGGCAGCAGGGCUGGAGGGCUGGACACGGAUGGUCUGAGCACCAAGGACAGUGGGCACGGGGAGAGCGAGGCCGAGGACCGAGACUCCGACUGCGGCUUCGAGCUCUCUGUCCAGCAGCUGGUGGGAGAGGAGCUGGAGACCCUCCUGGAGCCACAGGCAGAGCUGGCCCUCAAGAGGCUGACUGCUGCUGACCCAGCCUGGGUGGCUCAACUCUCCUUGCCCCUCACCAGCAGCUACAAGGACAACGUCUUCUCCCCCGACUCUCCUCAUUCCCCUCAGGAUGAGGAAGCUGCCAGGCAGGAGAAACCAAGGACCUUUGAGACCUUUGGCAAAGGUGCUGGGGCUGACUCCAACGCUGCUGGGACAAGACUGGCCAGCACUUUCCUUUCAGAGAUGAGCACCCUCUUUGAAAUGAUUUUGUCCCAGAAGGUCCAAGCUCACAACGAAUCGGGCUCGGGGCUUCUCCGGCAGCUGUCGGCACGUGGGAAGGGCCUUGGACUGGAGGACAGUGCUCCUGCUCUGUAGGCAGCUUGCUGGCUGUGAGAAGGAGAUCAGAGUCAGUUCAAGCUUUGUGUUUGGGGGGCACACGUGGGCUUUAACAGGAUCAUUGUACCCUCUGUGUCUGGGCUGAUCACGACAGGCACACUUCUCCCUUUGCCUCACCUCGUUACAUUCCAUGACUCUUUUCACCUUUAGUUCCCUUCUACCCGUCUCUUCUUGCCUUCCUGACUCUCCUGCUCUUUCACCCUCAUCUUUCACUUCACCAUCAUGCUCACCCAACAGGAGGAGGGUCCUCUCCUCCCAGGGCGGGCUGAUCAAGGGGGGGGUGUUGCUAGAUCAACACAAUCAGCUCCAUCCCCAUGAUCACAGACUGCACCGGGGACGAUGACAUAUCACUCAUGGACUUCACAAGGUGCUGUAGAGUUGGGCUCCAGGAUCUCAGUUCUUAUUUAAAUAAACCAGUUUUUUUUCUAACA